UAGCUUCGCGCGCGCCCUUCUUUGCGGGGCGCAGUUACGCAAGGCACCGUGGCGGCGCUUACAAUCCUCGACCAGCCCGAGACGCCGGAGCUGUCCCUGCAGCAGCAUCUCGACCUCGCGCCCGAUCUGGUGGGCUACGGUAGCCAACUCGUCACGGGGGACGAUCCCCAGUCCUUGAUGAUGGCACAGCCGGUGCCUCAUCAGGACAAGAAGCGCGUCAAGGUCUACGAGCUGCGCAACAAUGACUGGUUUGAUCGCGGAACGGGCUUCUGCACCGCCAAGUUUGCGACGACCGAAGAUGGCAACAAAGAUCCAAAAGUCAUUGUAGAGUCAGAAGACCAACCUGAGCGACUUCUUCUGGAGACGACAAUCCAGAAACAAGAUGGAUUUCAAAAGCAACAAGAAACGCUCAUCGUAUGGCAGGAGCCAGGAAGUGGUGUCGAUAUGGCCCUGAGUUUCCAAGAGGCCGAGGGGUGUGCCAUGAUCUGGCGCUUUGUCAAUUCCGUCCAGCAGCAGUUCCAGCAGAACGCUGGUGUAGACGACAAUUUGUCUGAUGAUCUCGCUAUUGAAACGCUUGCGCCCGUUAACCUUCCCACUGCCGAGCUGGGCAACCUGGUGGAAAUCGAGACCAGCAUCAGGGUUAUGAGCGCUACUGCUACCGGCCGUGAAGCUGUUACCAAGUUCAUCGUGGCCGAUGACUAUAUCAGCAAGCUUAUCCCUCUGGUGGAGAUUGCCGAAGACUUGGAAAGCCUUCCCGACCUGCAUCGUUUGUGCAACAUCAUGAAGAGCAUCCUGCUUCUCAAUGACACAUCUAUUAUUGAGCACGCCGUAUCCGACGAGUGCCUCCUGGGAGUUGUCGGUGCUCUGGAAUACGACCCCGACUUCCCCAGCCACAAGGCCAACCAUCGACACUGGCUCAGCAACCAAGGACAUUACAAAGAAGUUGUCCCCAUAAAUGACGAUGUAGUCCGCCGCAAGAUCCACCAGACAUAUCGCCUUCAAUACCUGAAAGAUGUUGUUCUGGCCAGAAUCCUCGAUGAUCCCACCUUCUCCGUGCUCAGCUCCCUCAUAUUCUUCAACCAAGUUGAAAUCGUCCAGCACCUACAGACAAACCCAACAUUCCUCAUGAACCUCUUUGGCAUCUUCUCUGCCCACUACCCCGACACAAGGAAGCGGAAGGAGGCCGUCCUGUUUAUCCAGCAAUGCUGCGCAAUUGCCAAGACUAUCCAAGCCCCUGCGCGCCAAUCCCUGUACAUCAACUUUCUUAACCAUGGCCUGCUCCGCGUCAUCUACUAUGGCCUACGACAUGUUGACGUUGCCGUGCGCGUUGGGGCCACGGACAUUCUGAUAUCCAUCAUUGACCAUGAUCCGACGCUUAUCCGCCAAACCAUUUUCCGACAGAUGCAUGAAGGGCCCUCAUCACUAUUAGAUUCCCUUAUCGAUCUUCUUCUGGUCGAAGUUGACUUGGGAGUCAAGACCCAAAUUUCAGAUGCUCUCAGAGUCAUUCUGGACCAGGGAGGAGGCCCAGCAGCUGUCAAUGAAGCAGCGGCUAAUAACAAUGCUAACGGCGGCGGUAACAAGCAGCAAGCCGCCGAAUUGGCUGCCAGGGCAAGGAUGCAAAUGCCUAUUGAUCCUCAGCAUGAGCACUUCCUAACUCGCUUCUACGAGUCCUCGGCUCUCAAGCUGUUCAGGCCUCUUAUCGAGCUAGACACCCGUUCUCAUCUGGACUUUACUGUUCAGGAGGCUGCCAUGUUCUCAUGCCUGGUGGAAGUGCUUGGCUUCUUUAUCCGCCAACACCAUCGGUUUAGCAGAUACUUCUUCAUCAUGCAUAACCUGGCCGCACGCAUCGUCCAGCUUCUCAAGUGUCGAGACAAAUACCUGCAGCUAGUUUCGAUUCGAUUCUUCCGACUAAUUGUUGGCCUCCAGGAGGAGCUGUAUGUCAAGAAUUUAAUCGAGAACGAUGUUUUGGGUCCUAUUCUCGAGGUUCUGGUAGAGACUGUGCCGCGAGACAAUCUUGUCAGUGCAGCUUGCACCGAACUCUUUGACUUUGUCAAGAAGGAGUACCUGAGAGACAUGGUUAAGCAGCUUGUGGCUGACCAUCGGGAGAACCUGCUUCUCGUUAGCCACAUACCGCCUUGUCAAGACCUGAUUACGCGCUAUGACCAGACUGAGGGCUACACAACCAACAUGGAGUACUUCGCCGAUACAGACGACGAUGUGACGAGGAGACCGCCCAACGUCAGAAUGAUGGAGCAUCUACCCAUUGAUUUACGUGAAGAGGAGUACUGGGACGCUUCUGACCCUGAAGACGAAGGGGAAGAUCACAGCUCAGGAGAUAGGUUGUCCGAGAACGGCGGGUCGACUUCUGGGAAGCCUCUAGUUGACUAUGCUUCGGAUGAGGAAGAUGGCGACGAUGGUUUAGACAACGAUACCGAUGACCAGUCCAAAGACGAUGGCGAUGAUAAUGCCGAUUUCAGCCCACGGUCGAACCUCUCGGCUAACGUGCCACCGCCCGAACGUCUCUCUGAAAAACGCAGGCGAGAGGAAGACGAGGAAGACGAUGACGAGCUAGGCAAGCUGAUGCAUAGCAAGCGACGCAACAGCAGUUCUACGGAAUCCAACUCGUCAAUUACACCGGGCCUUACCCGAAGACGCAAGUCGAGCUUCACCAACGGGGGCAAUAACGUGACACCCAGGAAGAUUGCAAUUAGCCUGUCACCAGCUCUGAGGUCAGGCGGUCCCUCUCGAUCCGACGAUGACUCGUGAAAGAUGGACUUGCUUUGGUUGCAGUGGUGUACGGCAUUAUACCCUCUCUUCAUUUCUCUUCACUUGACCCUGUUCUUAUUGCAUCAUAAUUUUUCUCUCGGCCAUGACAAAGUAAAGAGCAGAUGAUUACUCUGUGUCCAAGGGUUGGUCCUCGUAAAACGAGGAAGAUGGCGGCGGGUAGGCAACAAGGCGGCGUUAGGAUAAUUCCCUUUAUUUCAUCCCUGGGUUGGUCAUCGGCCACAUCGUAUUGUUUUUGGUUUUUCUUGUUAUCUUUGGGAUGAUGAUACGGCUCACUGGGCCGUCACUGUUGGAGAUGCAACGGCGGCGGCGGCGGCAAACCCCCUUUUUCAGAAAUAGAAUCAACAUAGUGGAGGAAGGACUUUAUAGGGACAAGAUCGGAA